CCCUUUUCCGUCCUGUCCAUCAUCAUCAUCCCUCUCUCUUUCUCAGGAGAUGAUGGUCCACGGCUAAGGCACACCUGCUUUUCACCUCUCAGCUCAGGCAUAGUGUCAUUUCUCUCGGCUUUCCGCCAGCUGAGGUAUUCAAACAGAGCUUCCUCAAACAGCGAAGAGUUGCAUCGGAAGCAGCGCUGCUGAUCCUCAUCUUUAUUCCUCUUCCUCCUCCCUGUUCUCGGUCAGAGCUGCCGGGGAUGGAAGCGCGCGCUGGUCGCCUCUUCAUGGACUCGCUCUUUACAAGUAUUACCGCUCACGCUGUCGCUCAAAGGUGCUGACUGGAAAAACAUGCCGUUGAAAUGGAAAAGCGGUUCGCCCGUGAGCUGGAAAUUCCCCGUACCCGUCCUUAAAACGUCCAGGUCCUCUCCGCUGUCGCCAGCAUACAUCCACCAGCACUCGUUUGUGGUGUGGACCACCCACUCUCUGCUUGCUGCAUCUCCAACUUAUCACCUGACAGGAUCACUGGUGGAGGAUGAUGAUGCUCAGAUGAUUAAGGUGUCACUGGGAUGCAGUGAAAUGGGACUGUCCUCCCACUUGCAAGCCUCAAAAACAGGAAACACACGCUUCUUUACCAGCAACACACACAGCUCUGUGGUUCUACAGGGUUUUGACCAGUUGAGAAUAGAAGGCCUGCUGUGUGAUGUCACGUUGGUGGCAGGAGAUGGGGAUGAGGCGUUUCCUGUUCAUCGAGCCAUGAUGGCCUCCUCCAGCGACUACUUUAAAGCCAUGUUUACAGGUGGAAUGAAAGAGCAGGAUUUGAUGUGUAUAAAGCUACAUGGUGUGAAUCGAAUAGGGCUAAAGAAGAUUAUAGACUUCAUUUACACCGCCAAACUCUCUCUCAACAUGGAAAACCUACAGGACACCCUAGAGGCUGCUAGCUUUCUCCAGAUUCUGCCUGUCCUCGACUUCUGCAAAGUCUUUCUCAUUUCUGGGGUGUCAUUGGAAAACUGUGUGGAGGUGGGGCGAAUCGCCAACACCUACAACCUCACUGAGGUGGACAAAUAUGUCAACAACUUCAUCCUCAAGAAUUUUCCCUCAUUGCUGGGCACUGGCGAGUUUGUCAAACUUCCAUUUGAACGUCUAGCAUUUGUGCUCACCUCUAACAGUCUAAAACACUGCAGCGAGCUGGACCUGUUUAAAUCUGCUUGCCGCUGGUUACGUUUCGAAGAAGGCCGCAUGGAAUAUGCUGCCAAGCUAAUGCGCAAUAUCCGAUUUCCACUCAUGAGUCCAACAGAACUCAUAAACCACGUACAGACUGUCGACUUCAUGCGUACAGACAAUACAUGUGUUAAUCUUUUAUUAGAAGCCAGCAACUACCAGAUGAUGCCAUACAUGCAGCCAGUGAUGCAGUCAGAACGAACUGCAAUCCGUUCGGACCACACUCAUUUAGUGACGCUAGGGGGUGUUUUGAGGCAACAGCUAGUUGUAAGUAAAGAGUUGCGACUUUUUGACGAGAAAGCGCACGAAUGGAAGGCACUGGCACCAAUGGAUGCACCACGCUACCAGCAUGGGAUUGCAGUGAUAGGGAACUUUUUGUAUGUGGUUGGUGGACAGAGUAACUAUGACACGAAAGGUAAAACAGCUGUGGAUACUGUGUUCAGAUAUGACCCGAGGUAUAACAAGUGGAUUCAGGUGGCAUGUUUGAAUGAGAAGAGAACCUUCUUUCAUCUGAGCGCACUCAAAGGACAUCUAUACGCUGUGGGAGGAAGAAAUGCUGCUGGAGAGCUGGCAACUGUGGAGUGUUAUAACCCCAGGACGAAUGAAUGGACUUACGUGGCCAAAAUGAACGAGCCCCAUUACGGACACGCAGGCACAGUUUAUGGAGGAUUCAUGUACAUUUCAGGUGGAAUAACCCACGACACCUUCCAGAAAGAGCUCAUGUGUUUUGACCCAGAUGCAGACAAGUGGACUCAGAAGGCUCCCAUGACGACAGUCCGCGGUUUGCACUGCAUGUGCACUGUUGGCGACCGCCUCUAUGUCAUCGGCGGAAACCACUUCCGGGGCACUAGCGACUACGAUGACGUGCUGAGCUGCGAGUACUACAGCCCCGCCCUCGACCUGUGGACACCAAUCGCAGCCAUGCUGCGCGGGCAGAGUGAUGUGGGCGUGGCUGUGUUUGAGAAUAAGAUCUAUGUGGUGGGCGGCUACUCGUGGAACAACCGCUGCAUGGUGGAGAUCGUACAAAAGUACGACCCAGAGAAGGACGAAUGGCAUAAAGUUUUCGACCUGCCUGAGUCCCUCGGUGGCAUAAGGGCCUGCACACUGACUGUGUUUCCACCAGAGGACCUCUCGCUUUCUGGCUCACUGAAUCGAGAGUCUCCCCUCUCUGCUCCUUGAGAAUGGAUAGAGGGAGAGUGAGAGAGAGAGGAAUAAAGGGGUAGAAUGCUUGAUGAACAGAUGGAUGGAUUGAUAGACUAAAGCAGCUCCAUCCCUGUGUGUACAUGCAUCUUUUUCUCUCUCUCUCUCUCUCUCUUUCUCUGUCCCCACAGGAAAAAGACAAUGUUUGCACUCCCCUCUGAAAUACGUUUCAAUCUGUCUGUGGUGAAUCUCCUCUCCCUUCCCUUAAAUAAUUCCACUUCUCUUCCUCAUCUCUCUUUUCCCUACCUCCUGAUUGCUAAUGCUGAAAAAUCCUUCCAUCCCUCUCUCCUUCAUCCCCUUUUCCUUCUUUGUUUUGCGAUGAGAAAGGAAAAUGGAAAUACUCUAAGGGUUGAGCUCAAUCACAUGUUAACACUGCAUUUUUGGGGUUUGUUUUGUCUCUUUUGGCAGGAAUAACCUUGACUUGAAAAACAAAAGACUUUGCAAUUCAACUUUUCUACCUGAGUCUCGGAGUUUUGCUAUGAAGACAUUUCCCUGAUGCCCCCAAUUCUGAGGUCAUCUCCCCCUUCACGGUUCUCUCAUUCCCAUCACUUUCUCUUCAUUUUGCCUGCUCAUUUUCCCUGUUUCUGUCCACGCUCAACUUUUUUCCUCUUGCCCAAUUUUGUACCCUCAUUCUUUGUCUCUCUCAGGGGGUUAGUUGACCUUUGACCACAGGAUGAGGACAGUUUUAAACUCGGGGGUUGGCCUGCCCCCAUCCCGCCCUCUCUAACUGAUAUUUAAUUUAGUUACUCCUGCUGUUGUUAUGAACCAUUAACAGAAUUGUGUUUUCUAAAUUUAAUAAACAGAAUUUUGAAAGGAAAAAAA